AAUGAGUUGUUCUGGCGGAUUAACAGACGCAUGUCCACUUGGACUAGCUGGAGAGUCCUCCACGUUAAUGUUAACUCUAUUAAACACAUUACUAGCAGCAAAAUGCAGCUUUCCAGGCCCUGAAGCCUUCCCAAAGAACGUAGCUACUACUCUACAAGAUGGCGACCGCUAUGACAUGAUCGUGGUUGGCGCUGGAAGCUCCGGCGCUGUUGUCGCCAACCGCCUGAGUGAAAACCCACAUUGGAAGGUGUUACUACUCGAAGCCGGUGGAUAUCCUAACUCAGAUACACAGAUCCCGAAUUUAUACUUUGGAGUGCAUGGCACCGACAAAAACUGGCUCUAUGUCCUUGAGAAGGUCAACACAUCAUGCAAAGGUUACGUGAAUGGCCAAUGCAACUGGAUCGGUGGUAAACUCCUAGGAGGUACCUCCACAACAAACACAAUGUUAUACGUCCGGGGAUUCGCACAGGACUACGAUGGAUGGGCUAACAGUGGGAAUAAAGGAUGGUCAUGGGCGGAAGUAAUGCCCUAUUUCCUGAAAUCAGAAAAUGUCACCUGGGAGAAAUACUUCAACAACCCAUUUCACUCCCGUGGUGGUCUCCUAACCACAUCCUAUCAAAGAAGUGAUUUUAAUGUGAGGAACAUCCUCAUAGAAGCAGCCAAAGAAAUGGGAUAUCCUAUAAUCAACGAUUACGAACAUUUGGGUCUAUUAGAAACACUUAUGACUGUACAAGAUGGCCGAAGGGAAAGCACAGCGUUCGCGUUUCUAUCCGAGAUCAAAACCAGGCCUAACCUGCACAUUGCAACCGACGCGCAUGUCGGUAAAGUAGUUUUCGAUAGACACCGACGGGUGAAAGGCAUCACAGUGCGUAUCCAGAAUAAAACACUGAAUAUUCACACAAAAGGUGAGGUUAUCAUCUCUGGGGGAGCUAUACAAUCACCACAAUUACUUUUAAACUCAGGAAUAGGUCCAAAAAGUCAUUUAAAAGAUUUCGAGGUUAGGAAUAUAGUGAAUCUACCAGGAGUUGGGGAAAAUCUACAAGAUCAUCUCGCUACUUUUUUAUUAUUGGUGCAGUUAGAUGGCGCUGCUGAAGCCGGGUUGAAAUCACGCCUAGACUCAACAUAUCAGUACUACACGACGAAUACAGGACACUAUACAUCCGUAGGAGUAACAAAUUUAGUGUAUUUCUUAAACACAAAGAAUCGCAGUGCUGAAUUCCCGAAUUUACAAAUCCAUUUCAUGGAAUACCGCAUGAAUGAUGACUUUUUACUACCCAAUAUGUUGACAGGUAUGGGUUUCUCCCAAAAAGCCGGAAAAAUCGUCAUGGAUGCCAACAAAGAUUCAGUUUUAUUCACCCUGGCAUUAACAUUAUUAUAUCCAGACAGUCGUGGUAAAGUCCAGUUGGGUUCCAAGGACCCAUAUGCCAACCCUAAAGUAUUUUCCGGUUAUUUAACAGAUAUGACAGAAGCUGAUAUAGAUAUCCUACUAGAUGGCGUUAGAUUCGCUCAAAAAAUGCUCAACACAACAAUAUUUCAAAAAUUCAACGGAAAAUUCAUCAGAUACCCGACCAUAUCCUGCGAUGGGCAUGAAUACGACUCGGAUGACUUCUGGCGGUGUUAUUUCCGUGAUUAUUGCGGUGGGAUCUAUCAUCCUGCAGGCACUUGCAAGAUGGGACCAAAAAGUGAUCCUGAAGCUGUAGUUGAUGAGAGAUUGAGAGUGUAUGGAGUGAAAGGUUUGAGGGUUGCGGAUUGUAGUAUUAUGCCGAAGAUUGUCGGCGGGAAUACACUGGCCCCGGCGGUUAUGAUUGGUGAAAAAGUCGCGGAUAUGAUCAAGGAGGAUUGGAAUGUGCAAAGGGAUGCACUGCCGAAAUAUACAGGGCGAUACUAACUAGGAAUAGGAAUAGUUUAUUUGCUAGAAUAGUCGAAUUUGUACAACAGCAUUGGGUGCAUUGGUAAACAAAAUUUCUGUCAAUAAAAAACGUCUCACACCGUGAAGAAAACGAACACAA